AUGGCCUCGAAACCAUAUGCCAUCAUUGCAGGAGUUGGUGCCGGAACUGGCGCCGCAGUUGCUAGGCGCUUCGCGAAGCAGUAUCCUGUAGCGCUGCUUGCUCGGUCAGCAGACUACGCCAAGGGCCUGGCCGCGGAGAUUGAGGCCGAAGGCGGCACGGCUGUGAGCUACAAGGUUGACGUCGCCAACGAAGAGGAUCUGGAGCGCGCGUUUGGCGAGAUCAAGAAGCGCUUCGGGACCGUUUGCGCCGCCGCCAUCUUCAACGCCAGUAGCCGUCCGUUUCCGAAGCCGUUUCUGUGGCAAUCGCAGAGCGAUGUGGAUUGGGCCCUGAGUAUUACGCUAACCGGGGCAUUCCUCUUUGCCCAGGCAUCGAUUCCUCUCCUCGUCAAUGCAACUGGGGGCGACUUUGUGCCCACAUUGAUAUAUACGGGCGCGACGGCUGGCGUCAAGGCCAACGCCUGGAUGCAGCCCUUUACUGUGUCCAAGCACUCCCUGCGUGCCCUGGUGUUGGCCCUGGCGGAGGAGUUUGCGCCGCAAGGUGUGCACGUCGCGCACGCUAUCAUCGACGGCGUGAUUCGUAUGCCGCUCACGUGGAUAAUGAAGCCGCUCUCAUCGUGGCACGCAAAAUUAGAUUCCAACGUGAUUGCGGAUAGUUACUGGCAUUUGCACGAGCAGCCCUUGGCCCUCAUGACAACGGAGGUCGCCUUGCGACCAUUCUGUGAGACCUGGUAG